AUGCCUGGCUUUACCGCCCAGAUACGAUUCUCUGGUCCCGUUCGGGACUCCCUCGUGGGUCUCGUUUUGCUGCUUUGGGAUGUGUUUGGUUGGGCGGGCUUGGUGCCUGUGGCCUUUCUGCUGGUGAGCUGGGGAGUUCAGUUCGGGUUCGGGGUUGCCAUUGCCCCUCUUGUUUGUUUGAUACUGAGCACAGUGACGCAUCUGGCGUCCUUGCUCGUAUCGUGGUUCGAUCCCAGAGAGCCACAUCGCGACCCUCAGGGGAUCUGGAAGUUCUGGAAGGCGAUUGGGACAAUUCUCGGCCUCACUUUUGGUGUUGCUUGCUGCGGCGGCUCAUUUUCAUAUGCCUGGAGCACGCCCAACAAGGGCAAUAUCAUAUCUUUUCUGGUGCACUUGUUCGCCCUUGUGGCAACUGCAGUUUUUGUGUACGGGGAGUGGAACGGGUGGAGGAAGGCGACUUAG